UAGAAGAAACCAUGGAAAGGUGACUUACAAAUGGCUAAGCUAUACACUGGGAGUUCAUGUUAACCAGGCCAAACAGAUGCUCUAUGAAUAUGUUGAAAGGAAACGGAAGGAAAAUUCGGGAGCUCAGCUGCAUGUUACCUACUUGGUGUCUGGCAGUCUUAUACAGAAUGGACAUUCUUGCCACAAGGUUGCAGUAGUGAGAGAAGAUAAACUGGAAGCAGUGAAGUCCAAGUUAGCUGUGACUGCCAGCAUCCAUGUGUACAGCAUCCAGAAAGCUAUGCUAAAGGACAGUGGGCCUCUGUUCAAUACCGACUAUGACAUCCUUAAAAGCAAUUUGCAGAACUGCAGCAAGUUUAGUGCCAUACAGUGUGCAGCUGCUGUCCCCAGAGCUCCUGCAGAAUCCUCAUCCUCCAGAAAGUUUGAGCAAUCAAAUCUUCAGGCAGCAAGUGAGACACAAGCCAGUGAGCUGACUACCAAUGGCCAUGGUCCACCCGCCUCCAAACAGGCUUCCCAGCAGCCCAAAGGAAUUAUGGGAAUGUUAAUCUCUAAAACUGCUACUAAAACCCAAGACACCAACAAGGACACCAAAACAGAAGCCCGAGAAGUACCAAGUGCAUCUUCCGCUGGGGGCAAAGCACCAGGAAAAGGGAAUGUGAUGAGCAACUUUUUUGGAAAAGCUGCCAUGAGUAAACUUAAAGUCAAUUUGGAUUCAGAACAAGCAGUAAAGGAAGAAAAAACAGUGGAGCAACCUCCAGUGUCUGUCACUGAACCAAAGCUGGCAGCUCCCCCAGCUCUGAAGAAAUCCAGCAGAAAGUCAGAGCCUGUGAAGAUGCAGCAGAAGGAAAAAAAGUGCAGGGGCAGGCGAGUAGACUUAUCUGAUGAGGAAGCAAAGGAAACCGAAAACCUGAAGAAGAAGAGGAGAAGGAUCAAGCUUCCUCAGUCCGAUAGCAGUGAAGAUGAAGUCUUCGCAGACUCUCCUGAGAUGUUUGAAGCAGUCUCACCAUCUCCACCUCCUGCAUCUCCACCUCCUGAUCCUGUGCUAAAAACUGAGCCCCCUCCUGUCAAGCGCUCAAGUGGAGAAAACAAAAGAAAACGAAAGCGUGUACUGAAAUCUAAAACCUUUGUGGAUGAAGAAGGCAGCAUGGUGACUGAGAAAGUAUAUGAGAGUGAGUCCUGCACAGACAGUGAGGAGGAGACGAAGAUGAAGAUGGCCUCAGCACACAGACCCCCUGCUGCCACUGUGAAACGGGAGCCCAGAGAAGAACGGAAGGGUCCCAAGAAAGGGGCUGCUGCUCUGGGCAAAGCCAACAGACAAGUUUCCAUUACUGGCUUCUUCCAGAAAAAGUAAAUGCUGUCUCUGGAAGGACUUGGGGUGGUCAAGGGAGAAGACCAAGAAGUAUAGAUUGUCACUUACUGUGUAAGUUUGCCUGGCUCCUUGCCUCGCCUGGACCAAAUGCUGCUCUGCCAUCGUGGACACUUGUACCACUUCUGUUUUAGUCUCCUGCAAGCAAGAGGCAAAAUAAUAUUUUAAAAGCUGUUACAUUGUAAUAAGUUUAUAAAGCACAAUCAUUGACCUGCCUAGGAGAAUUCAUUCAAGAAUUACCUGCUGGGCCCUACUUGCCCUGUGCCAUAUUCCUCUUCUAUUCUGUGAACUUGUGACUGUUUUUAUUUUAUGAAUUCUACUGGAUGUGUUCAUUUUUCUCUUCCUACUACCAUACUUCUGUCCCCUCACCCAACAAAACUGUUUCCUGUAAAUCUUUUUAAGUCUUGGUCAGAUGAGAAGCUAAAAUUUUAUAAUUCUCUAUCUCCAUUGAUGCAGGAAGUGACGCUUGGCUCCAGGCUUGGCCAGUGUGUAUUGUCCAGUCCUUUCAUCAUGGAAGCUCCCUCACACUUCCCUCACACUCACUGGUUAGGGAAGAGCACAGACAGAGAUGUGCUAACGUACCCAGCGUCACCAGAAAUGGCCUAAAGUCACAUGGUGGGCAAUGCCAGAGCUGUCACGUUGUCAACACAGGAUACACGGUGCUUAUGUGUGGUCUAUUCUUCUAGAUCCCCUAGAGAUGGGACCUGUAUUGAUGAAAGGUUAAAAGAAGAAAUGGUGAGCACCAGAUAAUUUCUCCCUCCCAAGGAAAUACAGAGUCCAGAAAUGUCAGUUUCCCUUUCUGGGAAGGAAGGGAGAACUUAGGCCCACCUUUCUACACAGGUGUUGCUCCUUGGUUUGCCAGGUUCUUCAUUUGCCCAGCAGUACAGGCUCCCCAGGAAGAGAAGAGGGUGGGGAUGACUGGUUAUAGAUAGAAACAGCAAUUAAACAUUUGCUUUUGUACUUUUGUCCUAAUAAUAACUUUCAGUCACCUUCCAUUAUGGCCGGGCAGGAGGUGAGCCCUGUUCACGUUGUGUGGCAAUGGCUUUGCACACUGAACUGUAGGGAAGAGAACACAGAUCUGACUGCUGUUGUGAUUCACCCACGGGAGAUGAGGGGUGUCUGACCCGACCCUUCCGCCGAAGCCUGGCUUGUGUCAUAAGAGGUGUAAGCAGUUCCUACUGUUGAAGGUUGGGGUUGGGACUGACCUUGGGAUUUACUUGGCUGCUUUAGCAAGCAUGGCCUGGAUGGAGACCAGCCACUCAGGAGAUGCGUCCUGGUCUAAUGUGAGAACCGGAGGCAGAUGUUUUGUCCAUCUGAGUAAAGGUUGGUGUGCUCCAAAGCCUUUUAUUUUUCUUUUCUGAGUGGAAGAGUGGAAUGCCUGGACUUAAGCUUACAAGAAACUCUGGGGAAGAAUCCCCUAUUUUAAGUGGUUAUUUUUGUCAUUGCUUCUAGUCAUCUUUCUAAAUGGGAAUGGAAAAGUUACAAGGCAACCAUCCAGUCUUUAAAAAUUAUGGUGGGAUUUCUAAUAAAACCAAACUUGAAUUGGUGCAAGUUGGAGUUGUAUCUUUACAGGGAGAAUGCAAAUCUCCGAUUUCUGUACCCAACGUGCCACCCGGGUUCUGAGCUGCCUGCAAAGUUAAGCAGGCAUUGAGUGGUGGCUUCUCUCCAGUCUGUGCAGUGCUCUAUUGGGUUACUCAGGAGUUAAAUAAAUUCUAGAAGCUGUUUUGAAACCGAGAGCCAAACAAUGUCUGAUGGGUCUAUUACUUGACAGCCAGGCGGCAGGAGCACAGUUAUCUAAACGCUGCCCAGGAACAGGCUGGUUUUCCGUUUGUGCUGUUAAGCACGCGCCUGUAGUCUGAGAUGGACCAGUUAUUUGCUGUCUUCAUCUUUUCAGUCCUGUGGGAGAGCCUCUCUUUACUUUUCAGUUCAUUAGGGGGAGAAUCUAGUCCUGAUCUGGGGUUCUGUAUUGGUUUGGCUUCGUCCCUUGCUGCCUGGAUGAUAUUGGGCAAAUAUCUGAGCUGCUUAGCAUGCGGAGUGAAACUGGUACCUGUAGCUUGAAUGUGGUCCACAGUGAUGGGCACUGGGUGCUGCCUUUCUCCCGAUGGUGGGUGCAGACAGCUACCCCACAUACAACCCAAAUGAUGUCCUCUCGGAGGCCUCCUGGCUUUACACCUGAUCCAAAGGGGAAGAUGGUUAUCCUGUCUUAUGGCAGGUUUUAAAGAGUGGAAUUUUCUUUUUGUUGAGAGAAAUGCGUAUAGAUAGCAGUGUUUGCUGUUCAUUCAAACAUUUGCUGUGUCUAACAUACAUCAGGCAUCUGACCAGAACACAGAUUAGAAACUAUUAAGGAUCCCACGGACAUGAGUUUAUAAAAUGGAGUUGCAGGGCAGCAACUGCAGUGGUGGGUAAGUCGGUUCUUCAGCGCUUUCAAGGAGGAGGGUCUCAAAGUCAGCUGGGGGGAGAGAACCACACACUCCUUUGAAGGACAUGUGUGACUUUACCAAGAAAGAAGAAUGAGAAGGAUGCUCCAGGCCAAGAGCAUGGCUUUGGGUGUGAAGGAAUAGAUUAUAGAUUUAAAGUUUGUCUCAUAUGUGUAUGAGUGUUUUGCCUGCAUGUACGUAUGUAUGUGCAUUGUGUGUGUUCCUGGUAUCCUGGAGAUCAGAAGGCAUCUAUCCGAGGUCUGAGCCGUCGUGUAGGUGCCAGAACUGGAACCCUGGCCCUCUGCAAGAGCAGCAAGUGCUCUUAACCACUGAGCCGUGUCUCCAGCUCCCAGAUUGUAGAAUUUUAAAAUGGGGAAAUACAUUGAGAUGUGAAGUUGGGGUACUGCUAAGUAGUUUGGAAUUUGCCCAUAGAUAAUGGAGACCAGCUGAAAACAUUGAGUGGGUCUUUUUGGUUUUUGUUUAAUUCCAUUAGAAGUCAGUUCCUUGUGAUGAGUGACAGCUGGCAUGUCCUGUGCUCCUGUAUGGUGUGAUAGCACAUCUGUCAGUACAUGCACACUGUAUCUGAAGUCUAGUAAUGGGAAGUGCUAAUGAAAUUAAAGAGACUUGUCAAAGCCAAA